AGGGCUUCAUGCGCACACCACCUGGCGUCUGGUGCGGAGGACUGCAGAACUCUAAAUGUUAUCGUCUCUAAAUGUGACAUAAACACAAGUUGCUAAGUAUUGUAUUAGUGUCUACAAAGCUUCAAUAACUAAGAUUUAGGAUGGUUGCCAGGAUGAAGCGCAUGUCAUUUGAGCAGCGGCUGUUGGUGGUGUCUGUUAUUAGCUUUCUCCUGGGCGGUUGUCUGGGAAAACUGUGGUGCUUGCUCCUGGUCCCGUGUGGCAAACGUUCAGUACGGAUUCCGUACGGCGCGGUGGUUGACGGGAACAGUUCUAUCCACCUAGCCGGGUUCCAGGUAACGAUGAUGCUCCUGCCCGUCAACCGGGGACAACACUUUAACAGUCUGCCCAGGAAUCCUGAGGUCGAACGCUACCUUGGGGAGAAGCCAUGUGAAUGUGCAGGACGGUCGUUAAAAGAUUAUUUUGCGAGCGACGACUGGACACUGAAACAACGGCAGAGGGACAACAAUCUGCGGAGAUUCAACAGACGGCGACUUGAUCCACCAGAUGUUCACACCCGUGCAGACGGCCUGUCUCCCGUCAGUUACCCCGCUCACGGCGUGGUCGUCAGGCCGCUACGGGCUGUACUUCUACAAGGCGUUCGUGUAGAAUGGUUUGAGGUGGAUGACUACUUCAGAGGCACCGUAUUUGAGGUUCAAUUCACUGGAAAGAGGGGAGUUUUUACAGUUCUCGCCAACAUUGAGGACGUCAGUAUUGUAGGAGACAACACCGACAACAUGUUCAUCCGCACAACUAAACCCACUCACCUCAACCAGCAGCUGCAGAAAGUCGUCUACAGGAACACAGAGUUUAACGCAAACAUCUAUGACUUUGUUGAGAUGCGGUACAUGGGUUUCACUGCCACUAUACCUAUCCAUAUCCAACAUCGCCAACUGCCGUGGUUAUAUGAGCCAGAAAAAGGAAAAAUUGGUGACCGGCUGACAGUGGUUGUGACGGCGUCAGGCCACUAUGACCACCUGAGACGGCUGGUGAAGUCUAUAGAACAGUACUACCCUAAAACUACAGUUAUCGUGGCAGACGACAACCCUGCUGACGUGUGGAAGUCUUACCAAGUCCGUAAUGUCAAGUACUACAGGAUGCCACCAAACAAGGGGUACUUCGCAGGCUUGAACCUUGGAAUAUCUCAAGUCGCGACGGAAUACGUCUUGAUUGUUGACGACGACCAGUAUUUCACCAAAAAAACCAAACUGAGGGAUUUAGUGUCGAUGUUGGAUCACACGAAUUAUCACCUGGUUGGAGGUUCUGUGGAAACCCCCGGACACACCCUCGGCAGUACGUACCGUAUACUGGGGAACUCCACGCACGCCUGUGUGGAGAGUCAGCGGCAGGUCUACCACGAGAUCCCGGGGUACCAGGGAUGUUACGCUGCUGACCGUGUGGAUAGUUUUUUCCUGGCGUCCACAGCUGACAUCAGAGUUGUGGGGUUCGAUCCUCAUCCGGCACAGGCCCGGACAGGGCGGCAGGGCAGGGGCAUGGAGGAGUUUUUCGUGGCAGCCCUGGGGAGACUUCGGAUCGCGGUGUGCCGUCAGGUGACUAUCGGGCAGGACAGCGGCGGUACCAGGGGACAGCAGCUAGCGGCAGGAGACAGCGACGGUACCGGAGGACAGCAGCUGGCGGCAGGGCUGGACCUGGAGGACUGGCACAACUUACUCAGGAACAACCUGACCUGUCGGGGACAAUUCUCGUCAUAA